GGGCUGUUAAAUUUGGUGGAUGUUUCCAGCUAGAUUUUUCACUCGUAUUUUGAGGCCCAUUUUAUUUAUUAAGCCCAUGUUUGAGCUAGCCCUUUCAAAACAUGUGGAAUCGCACGCGCAACCUGAGCGAAUACGUAAAACGCGCUCGACGAAGUGAAAUCCCUAAAUGUCCCACCUGAGUUUGUUCUCGGCAAGUCGGAGAAGAAGAAGCUGAAGACAUCGGGAGGUUGAUUGCUUAACGGCUAAUUUCUUAGUUCCGCCAAUGUAUUCCCCGAAGAGGAAGAGGAAGAGGAAGACGGUGACGACGACGACGACGAAGAAACCAUCGCUUAAAAAAAAGAAGCUAUCCGAUUCACCGCCGACGCCGAUUCCGUCACUUCCUGACGAUUUGCUUAUAAGUAUCUUCGCACGCGUCUCGAGAGUAUAUUACCCGACUCUUUCUCUCGUCUCCAAGAGCUUUAGAUCACUCAUUGCUUCACCUGAGCUCUACGAGACUCGGUCACUCUUAGGCCGCUCAGAGUGUUGUCUCUAUCUGUGUUUACAGGGGAGGAAUCCUGAUCCUCCUAACCCUCUCUGGUUCACUCACUGCCUAAAACCUGACCGAACCCUAACUAAAGGCACCAGGAAGACUAAGAAGACGAAGAAGAAGUCAAGGGGCAACAUUUUGAUCCCAAUCCCAGUUCCAAAUCCUCCUCUUUCGCACUGGUCAGGUCCCGCUUCCGUUGGUUCUGAUAUCUACUUCUUUGGCGGAUACAUUGAGAAUGUGCCUUCAUCUAGAGUCUUGGUCCUAGACUGCCGGUCUCACACGUUGCGUGAAGCUCCAAGCAUGCAGGUGGAAAGGUUGGACCCUUCUGCUACCGUCAUUGAUGGAAAUAUUUAUGUUGCUGGAGGCAACCAAGACGACGAGGGUACAGAGUCUUUGUACCCGAUCGAGAUAUUCGACUCAAAGACCCAAAUUUGGGAUCAUAUUCCCGUUCCUAAUUGGGAGCAAAACUGGGGUGGUCUAUCAAUAAGCGCAUAUAUUGAAGGAAAGUUCUGCCUGAUUAUUGGGAGUAAGGUUAUGGCUUAUGAUCGAGAGGUAGGUAGAUGGGACUUUGUCGGAUAUCAGCUGGGUCGGAGUUGGUUUUGGCCUUGUAAUUGCACUAUAGAUGAUGUUUUGUACUGUUAUGGUGGAGCUAUCCGAUGGUAUGACACUAAUCAGAGUAUGUGGAAAAAUAUGAAAGGUUUGAAAGGACUACCUAAGUUUGGCAAGAAUGUCUAUGUAAAGUUGGUGGAUUAUGGUGGAAAGAUGGCUGCUUUUUGGGACAAUCGUGUGCCUUUAACUUCUAGUGGAGAUAAGUACAAGACAAUUUGGUGCGCGGUGAUUGCGCUUGAAAGGCCCAACAGUGAGGAGAUUUGGGGGAAGGUUGAGUGGUAUGAGGCAGUGCUUACAGUCCCCGUGUCAUAUGAAUUUGAGCAUGCUCUUGCUGUUACCGUUUGAUGGAUGACACACAGGACAGGCUUGGAUGUGGUGAAACGUUUUGUGGGUAUUGUAUCAUUUUGUUGGAUGAUUGUGUAUUGUUUUUUUUUUUUAGCUUUAUGCUGUUAACAUUGUUUCACUUGUAAACCUUUGACGGUUAGCUUAUUUCUCUGCUGCUGAAGACCUUAUGGCACAUUGUUUCGGUUGAAAAAGAAAGUUUACUUCUUU